AUGGCUACCCAAUACGAAGUCGAGCACAAUGUCAAGUUCUCUGAAGGCCGUCGCUCGGGCCGUCGCGUAGACAUGGCCUCUUUCUUUUCCCUCCUCGAUCAGAUCGCCGAGCCCUCAGGCGACCAGACCCCUCAGCACAACCCACACGCAACGCCCACCCCCGUCGACACCGCCGCUCUCUUCCGCCUCCUCCAGGACCAGCUGAACCAGCUCCACACCACAGCCCCGACGAACGACAACCGCCAAUUUCUCGAGUCUCUCAUCCUCACCCUCGAGGACGACAUCAACGACCCCCCGACUCGAUUAGCAGGUGUUUCACAAGAGUUUCUCGACUCGCUCGAUCGCGUGAAUCGCAAGACCCUCAAGAAGGACGACGACUGUGCUAUCUGCAAGGUGCCCUACCUGGAGGACGAAUACUGUCUUGUGGUCGAGCUUCCCUGCCAGGGCUCUCACCAGUUUGACCUUGAGUGCGUUGGGCCUUGGUUGCGCAGUAAGGGAAACUGUCCUAUGUGCCGCCAAGAAAUGGGGAAGAAGAAGGAGGUCCCCAUUGUUGAGGACGAUGAAGAGGAGGAUGGCGACAUGAUGUACGCAUAA